UGUGAGUGUCCGUAUGCCGGAUGGAUGUUGAAUUGUAACUGCCGACUAUAUAAGACAGCGUAUCAGUUGGGGAAAGAAACAUUCCGAAGACCAAAAUGAAAGCCGCUCUUGUUUUCCUGUGCCUGGCGCUGCUCGUGGGAGUGUCCUUUGCCGCAUCUAUUUGCAAUCCUGAUGGCGACGGCAAACCCGACUGCGUUGGACGUGCCGGACUCGUGAGCCGCGACUACUGGGAUCCCACCCAUUACUGGGUCUGCGAUAGCUCCGGCAAUGCCGUGCUCGCGGCAUGCCAGCAGCAGGGAUUCGAUCCCAAGACUGGCGAAUGCGUCGACUGGUCCCUCUGGCAAUGGUAUGCCCCAUGCCCCUAGGCAACUUUGACAAAUAAAAUGCCGAUGGCAUCUAUAAACCAAA